CAAUGAAAUCUCUUAAGAAAAAGUACAAGUACUAUGUUGUCUUGUUCCUCAACCAACAGCUGCUCCCUCCACGUCCAACGUUGGGCAACUCGAAGAAGAAACAAAGAAACUAGCUUCGUAGACAGCCACGUCUCUCUGUAAAACUAGCUCUUUCUCUCUGUAAAAAAAAAGAAAACAGAACUUUUACAGCGGAUCGAGCACAUUUACUGCUGACUUUGUUCGAGGAUAAGGUUACAGAAAUCUGAAAUCAGUGAAGUUCUGUCAGAAUCAAACCCAUCACUUACUUAUUUCUCUCAUCUUGUUUCAUCUAACUGCUACAACCAAGGCUUUAAUUAAAGCUUAAAUUUUGUUCUUCAAAGGAAACAGAGCAUCAAAUGCUCUGUUUCCAUGAUUUGUUCUGUCACCAUUCACUGUGUCUCCUCUAUAAUGGCUUUUCCUGUUAAGUAAAAUUUGUGAUCUUGAAACUAAGAUUCUAUACUAUCCCCCAUCACUUUCUUUUGCUUUCUCUGUUCUUUAAAUUUUUCUUUGAGUUUAAAGGAAAACCCAUCUCUGAUCCCUCUGUUUUCCCUCUGGGCUCUGUUUUUGUCGUCUCCUUUAAAGCUCUGAGCUUCGUUGGAGAUUUUCAGACCAACCCAGAUCCCCUUUAGCGUUUCCUUUUACCCUGUUCUUCAUUUUUUUACAGCUUCCCUGCCAUUUUCCUCGUGAUUUUUGGAAUUAUGGACAAAACCCAGAACUCUUGAAAGAACCUCUGUUUUUUUUGUUUUGCUGUACCGAGUACUUUACAACAAAACCGAGGGUGGAAUUCUAGAAUCUACGUGUUUUUCUUUUCGGUUUCCUGGAUGAGUAAUCACUAGAACUAUUUACUUACUGGGUCGAAGUUAUUUCACCUUUUUCAUAAUCCAUAUACCAAUGGCGAAUUGGAGCUCUGUUCUGAGAAAAAGCUAUGGCGUCAGUGAAGAUUUGGAAGAAGAAGAUGUUUGGAGUUCUGUUGAGAGUAAUGAGGAAUCGUCUAAUUUCAUCACUAGAAAAACCAAUGAUUACUCGACUUGGCGACUUCCAUCUGCUCCAAAAAUGAUACCGAAAUCCAUUUCGACAAGGACCCACGAAACCCAGAUGACGGAUAAUCGAUCCUCUGCUCCGGUGGUCAUUCCAGAUUGGUCCAAAAUUUACGGCAAGAUGGACUUUUCCGGUGAAAAACCCGACGACGGAGACCAAGAAGACGUCGACGGUGAAGAAGACGACGACAUGGUGCCUCCUCAUGAAUGGAUUGCUCAGAAAUUAGCCAGGAGCCGAAUCUCGUCGUGCUCUGUUUUUGAAGGGGUUGGAAGAACUCUCAAAGGGAGAGAUUUAAGCAAAGUUCGAAACGCCGUUCUGUCAAAGACUGGUUUUCUAGAGUGAUGUUUAGAAAACUAAAAAGGGCAGAGACGAAUAUGAUCGUUUUGUUCUGUGUUUUUUUGUUUGAUUUCCGCCAUUGUUAUGGUCUGUCAGAGCUUAGAACAGAGUUUCUAGCAAGAACUCGAUGGGAGAAGUUCUUGUUAGUUGUUCAUGGCUUCGAUGUCUUUCAUUUUACAUGGCUAAGUGGUUUCUUAUUUACGGAGCACUCUCAUAACUGAUAGCAUCCCCACCUGUGCAGUUCUUCCACUCUUUUCCCUACAUGAAGAACAAGGGGAAGAAUGGGCACUUUUUUGAGGUAAAUUCAAACUUAGUUUUAUCUUACCC